AUGAGGCCCCUCUUUCAGACACUGUGUCUGUGUGUAGUCCUGGCUCUGGGCCGGCCCGAUGAGCCCCACCUUGAUGCCAAGCUUGACCGCUGUGAGGGAAUCGAGUUCGAUGCCAUUACCCCUGACGAGAAGGGAAUCACUUUCUUCUUCAAGGGUGACCACCUGUGGAAGGGCUUCCAUGGGCCCUCAGAGCUCCUGAACAGCUCCUUCCAGGAAAUGGACAGCCAUCACCACCUGGCACAUGUGGACGCUGCCUUCCGCAUGCACCAGGAAGACCACGAGGACCACGACCACAUCUUCCUCUUCCAGGAUGACAAGGUAUUCAGCUACUACAACCACACCUUGGAAAGCGGUUUUCCCAAGGAUAUUGAGGAGGUGUUCCCAGGGAUCCCAACCCACCUGGACGCUGCUGUGGAGUGUCCCAAGGGCGAGUGUGUCACUGACUCUGUCAUCUUCUUCAAGGAAAACAAAGUAUACCACUUUGACAUCAAGACCAAGGCUGUGAAGCAGAGGAACUGGGCCCAUCUGCCCAACUGCACAGCUGCCUAUCGCUGGCUUGAGCGCCACUACUGUUUCCAUGGUCACCAGUUCACUAAGUUCCACCCAGUUACCGGGUCUGUUGUUGGCAAGUACCCCAAAGACACCCGCAACUACUUCAUGAGGUGCCCCAAGUUUGACCACGGGAGUGAUGCCACUGAGAGGGAGCGCUGCAGUCACGUCCAUUUGGACGCCAUCACCACUGACGACCUUGGAAAGGCCUAUGCCUUCAGGGGUAGUUUCUACAUGCGCCUGGACACCCAUCGGGACGGCUGGCACGCCUUCGCCAUCGCAGAUGUCUGGAAGGAUGUGAAGAGUGAUCUGGAUGCCGUCUUCUCCUAUGAUGACAAGCUGUACAUGAUCAAGGGUGAUCAAGUUUACAUCUACAAAUCAGCAGCGCACUACACACUCAUCCAGGGGUACCCAAAAACCCUGAAAGAGGAGCUGGGGAUUGAGGGCCACGUGGAUGCUGCCUUUGUGUGCGGAGAGGACCCCACAGUGCAUGUCAUACAAGGGCAGAAGAUGCGUGAUGUCGAUCUGUCCGCCACCCCUCGGGCGGUGGCCAAGGAGUCUCACCUUCCCUUCCCUAAAAUCGAUGCGGCCAUGUGCGGCCCUGACGGCGUGAAAGUGUUUGUGGGACCCGAGUACUACCAGUAUGAGACCCCCAUGCUCCUGGCUUUCAGCAGGAUCCGGCCUGAGCCUCACAAGAUCUCCCUGGAGUUGCUGGGCUGUGAUCAUUAA